AUGCCGACAGAGAUAACACAACAACACAAGAGUUCAAACAACAAAAGUAUGAAUUUGGAUGUGGCCAAACCUGAAGCGAAGACUGGCAGCAAAGCUCCCCUCAGAGUCCCGGGCCCUGGAUCCGGCCCCCCUAAGUUCAAACAGAGGAACAGCCGCCAGUUCAAGAGCAAGCCUCCUAAGAGGGGAGUCAUCGGCUUUGGAGAGGAGAUCCCAGGAAUGGAAGGGCUCGGCACCGACAUCACUGUAAUCUGCCCAUGGGAGGCAUACAGCCAUCUAGAGCUACAUGAACUGGCUCAGUACGGCAUAAUCUGA